CGGCUCCUAACGUGUUUACAUUCAGAGCAGGAAUCCUUCCUACAGACGUUGGGAGCCGUGUUGGUGUCAUGUAUGUUGUUCAAGGAAAUGCAGCACAGAUGCACUUCAUCUUUAACGGAGAAGAUCAGGGAGCUUAUUCUGUUGACAUUCCUUACCAGGAGGGGGCAUUAUAUGCAGUUGUUGAUGUAUAUGGAACAACUAAACAGGUGCGAAUAGUACAGUUAUAUGGGGACCACCUAAAUAAAGUGGCCUCACUUCAGAGUGUUUGUCGACAUACAAUAUUGCAAAGAAUCCCUUUCUCUGCGGUCUUCUCUCUUCCAUUGCCUCAGAAGCUGAAAGAUUACCUCAGCUAUGAAAUAUGACAGGCUCUUCUUAUCUGUUGGAGGUGCUCACGAGGAGCUGGUGAGAAUUUGAACAACCUGGAUAUUUGCAUCUGAGAUUAUGCAUGCAACAAGUGAAGCCUACAUUGAAACCAUUCAUCCCAUCAGCUGUAUUGUUUGUAUU